AUGUUGAAAAGUUUUAGAUGUAUUUAUUAUAGAAGAUAUUCAAAUGCUCCAAAGCCAUUUGAUACUAUACCUGGUUUAUCAUCCUUACCUUUUUUGGGUCCAGUACAUCAUUUUAUGCCUUUGAUAGGAUCGAUUGGUCCGUCGGCAAAUUUUUAUGAUUUAGCCCAGCAUCUAUAUCAAAAGUUUGGAAAUAUAGUCAAACUCAAUGGUAUAUUUGCUAGGGCCAAUAUGGUUUUAUUGUUUGAGCAGAAGGAUUUCGAUCAGGUUUACAGAGCUGAAGAAACAGCCCCAUUGCGGCCAGGGUUUGAUACAUUGGUAUACUAUCAAAAAGAGUUACGAAGAGAUAUGUAUAAUGGGGUCUAUGGACUAACUACGGCGCAAGGCCUGAAAUGGCGUGAUUUUCGAACAAAAGUAAACCCAGUUUUGUUAAAACCGAAAUUGGUCAAACUGUACACACCAGCUUUAGAUGAAAUUGCAAAAGAAAUGAUAACCAGGUUGAAUAAAUGUAAGUAUGACAAAAACUAUCUGCAGUGGAAUUUGGAUUUGGAAAUAACGAAGUGGUCAUUAGAAUCGGUAGCAUACAUUGGCUUAGGCACAAGGCUUGGGAGCUUCCGAAAUGGAACGGAGAACCAGAAAGCAAAUAUUUUAAUAAAAUGUGCUCGAGAUAUGAUGGAGCUGGCGUAUAAAUUGGAAUUCUUUCCAAGUCCUUGGCGAUAUUUCGCAACACCGAAUUUCAAGAAAAUGAUCAAAACUUUAGAUACGCAGUGGGAAAUAAGCGAAUAUUAUAUUAAAGAGGCCAAGAAAAAAAUUGAUGAACGGAAACACAGUAUACCAGAGGAAGAUAAGAGUAUCAUAGAGAAACUGUUGGCAAUUGAUGAAAAAGUAGCCAUUAUGAUGGCAAAUGAAAUGCUUUUAGCUGGUAUUGACACGGUAGCUUUUACAACUAUUGGCCUGCUUUACAAUUUGGCGACUAAUCCAAUAGCACAAGAAAGAUUACGCAUGGAAUUGCAAUCUGAUCAAUCUAACAAACCAUAUUUUAGAGCGUGUCUCAAAGAAUCAAUGAGAUUAUAUCCUGUACUGCCUGCAAAUUUACGACGCACUUCCAAAGAACAUGUGGUGGCUGGAUAUCAUAUUCCAAAAGGGGUGGAUGUUAUUGCUCCCAACGAGUUCUUAUCAAAAUUGGAGAAAAACUAUGUAAGGCCAGUGGAAUUCUUACCAGAAAGAUGGCUAGUAGAUAAAUUAGAUCCCCUAUAUUAUGGGAAAGCUCAUCCUAUGACAACACUACCUUUCGGAUUUGGAGUGAGAAGUUGUAUAGGAAGAAGAAUAGCAGAGUUAGAGAUUGAAACAUUCAUAAAAAGAUUAUUAUGUGAUACAAAAGUAGGCUGGGACGGUCCUUCAUUGAAAGUUGUCACCAAAGUGUUUAAUAACUUUAAAAAGCCAUACUAUUUUAAAUUUGAAAGCAUUUCAUAA